AUGAAGUUCGGGUGGCUUGAAGUGGCCCUGACGGCUGCUUCGGUAGCUAACGCUAAUCCGUUAGCUCAUUCUCCUCCAUACUACCCAUCGCCAUGGAUGACCGGCGCAGGCGAAUGGUCCGAGGCAUACACACGCGCCGUGGAAUUUGUUUCCAACCUCACACUCGCUGAGAAGGUCAACCUGACCACUGGUGCUGGCUGGGAACAGGAGCGAUGUGUUGGUGAGACGGGGGGUAUCCCCCGACUUGGUAUGUGGGGAAUGUGUAUGCAGGACUCACCUCUCGGUGUGCGCGAUAGUGAUUACAACUCCGGUUUCCCAUCCGGCGUCAAUGUCGCUGCGACAUGGGACAAACGACUCGCCUACCAGCGUGGUAUGGCGAUGGGCGAAGAGCACCGCGAUAAGGGCGUGGAUGUACAAUUGGGCCCUGUUGCUGGCCCGCUGGGCAAAUAUCCGGACGGAGGACGGAACUGGGAGGGCUUCGCGCCGGACCCCGUUCUCACUGGUGUGAUGAUGGCCGAGACUAUCAAGGGUAUGCAGGAUGCAGGUGUCAUUGCUUGUGCCAAGCAUUUCAUCGGAAAUGAGCAGGAGCACUUCCGCCAGUCUGGCGAGGCCAAUGGAUAUGGAUACAAUAUCACUCAGAGUGUAAGCUCGAACAUUGACGACAAGACCAUGCACGAGCUGUAUCUGUGGCCGUUUGUGGAUGCUAUUCGUGCUGGCGUUGGCUCUGUUAUGUGCUCCUACAACCAGAUCAACAACAGCUACGGUUGUGCAAACAGUUACACCCUUAACAAGUUGCUCAAGGGCGAGCUUGGCUUCCAGGGCUUUGUCAUGAGUGAUUGGGGUGCGCACCACAGUGGUGUCGAGUCUGCUCUCGCUGGUUUGGAUAUGUCCAUGCCAGGCGAUGUCUAUCUCGGCAGCCCCUACUCCUACUGGGGAACCAACUUGACCAUCUCCGUUUUGAACGGCACCGUCCCUGAAUGGCGUCUCGAUGAUAUGGCCGUUCGCAUUAUGGCCGCUUACUACAAGGUUGGCCGUGACCGUUACCGCACCCCACCCAACUUCAGUUCCUGGACCCGCGACGAGUACAACUACGAGCACUUCAUGGUCAGCGAGAACUGGGUCAAGGUAAACGAACGUGUCAACGUUCAACGUGACCAUGCCAAGAUCAUCCGCCAGAUUGGUUCGGACAGCACCGUUCUACUCAAGAACAAGGGCGGCGCAUUGCCUCUAACUCACAAUGAGAGGUUCAUCGCUAUCCUAGGCGAGGAUGCCGGAUCCAACGCAUACGGUGCCAACGGCUGCGCUGAUCGUGGCUGCAACAAUGGAACUCUGGCCAUGGGUUGGGGCAGUGGAACUGCUAACUUCCCGUACCUGAUUACUCCCGAGCAAGCCAUCCAAAAUGAAGUUCUCGACUACAGCAACGGUCAGACCAACAUCUUCGCCGUCACCGACAACGGAGCUCUGGAGCAAAUGGCCGCCACCGCGGCCCAGGCCGAUGUCUCGCUUGUUUUUGUAAACGCUGACUCUGGCGAAGGCUUCAUCAACGUCGACGGCAAUGAAGGUGACCGCAAGAACCUGACCCUUUGGGCCAACGGCGAACAAGUCAUCAAGACGGCCACCCAGAAUUGCAACAACACCAUCGUUGUCAUCCACAGUACCGGAGCCGUCCUCAUCAAUGACUGGUACGACAACGAAAAUAUUACCGCUAUCCUCUGGGCCGGUCUCCCUGGCCAAGAGAGCGGCCGCAGUCUCGUCGACGUCCUCUACGGCCGCGUCAACCCGGGCGGUAAAACUCCCUUCACCUGGGGUAAGACGCGCAAAGACUAUGGUCCUAACAUCCUUACCGUCCCCAACAACGGCAACGAUGCACCCCAAGACAACUUCGAUGAAGGCGUCUUCAUCGACUACCGCCGCUUCGACCAAGACAAUAUCGAGCCCAUCUACGAAUUCGGCUACGGCCUCAGUUAUACUAACUUCGCCUUCUCUGAGUUGAAAGUCACUCCCCUUGCCUCAACUGGCUACAACCCAACUACCGGCGAGACCGAGAAAGCUCCGGUCCUCGGCGAAAUUGGAGAUGUCUCAGAUAACCUCUUCCCCAAGGAAAUCAAGCGUGUCCGCCAGUACCUCUAUCCCUGGUUGAACUCGACCGAUCUGCGCGCCUCAUCCGGCGACCCAGACUACGGCAUGGACGCCAAGGAUUACCUCCCCGAAGGCGCAACCGACGACUCUCCCCAAGAGCUCCUCCCUGCCAGCGGCAACUCGGGUGGCAACCCCGGUCUCUUCGAGGAUCUCUACCAGAUCACUGCUACCAUCACCAACACCGGCUCCGUGUCUGGUGAUGAGGUGCCACAGCUGUAUGUCUCGCUCGGUGGAAAGGGCGACCCCAAGAAGGUACUACGCCAGUUCGAUCGUGUUACCAUUGCUCCUGGCCAGAAGCUUCAGUGGACUACUACCUUGACUCGUCGGGAUCUCUCAAACUGGGAUGUUGAAUCCCAGAACUGGGUUGUCUCUGAUGCCCAGAAGAAGGUGUAUGUCGGUAACUCUUCGCGCAAGCUGCCUUUGUCGGCGGAUCUGCCAGAGCUCCAGUAG